AAGUAAAUAUUAAAAUAUAGUUCCAGGCUAUAACGGAACCUAAUUCAAUCAUUCGUGCUAUUGAGCGGCUAAUGAAGUUGCAAGGAUUACUAUUUUCAAUACAGAAUUUCGAGAGUUUCGAUCAAUCAAUUAGUUCUUUCAUGCAGUUGAAUCAGACUGGAGGCAAUCUUCAUGGUGGUUAAUACCAAUGCUUGCAAAGAUGCAUUAUAUUCUGUGGCUCUGUUUCAUCAUAUCAAUUUCUUGCAAAAUUGGCAGCGCUAAUCCUAAAGUUCUAUCGAGAAAAGGCAAGAACGUUUGUGAGUUUGCAACAAGUAAAACUGCUUACCAGACCAUCACGACAAAGGUAACAGCUCUCGAGACAUACAAAACAUGCUGCAGCAAGUUUCUGGUUUGCUGGAAGAGUUGCGAGAGGAACAGGGUAAAAGAGAAAACCAUAUCAAGAAUUGUAUCCAAGUUGGUUCGCAAUCGUGUCCUCCAUUGCUGUGAAGGGUAUUCUGUGGAUGCCAGUGGAGUACAAUGCUCGAGGCCCCUCUGCGACCCUGCUUGUGAAAAUGGCGGCACAUGCAUCGAACCAAACAAGUGCAAAUGUCCGCGCAACUUUCAAGGGAGGUUCUGUCAAAAUGAUGUAAAUGAAUGCUUAGCCAAAGAGGCACUUGGAUGUUCACAAGGUUGCAUCAACAUACCUGGCAGCUAUAUCUGCACGUGCCGUAGAGGUUUCCUACCUGGAGAUCCAUUAAGCCGCACCUGUAAAGAUAUAGACGAGUGCAAGGCCAAUCCCUGCAAGUGCAUCGGGUCAAAAUGCAAGAACGUGUGCACGAACACUAUUGGAAGCUACAGGUGUAGAUGUGGAAAUGGCUACAAGUUGACGCUUUGGAAUACUUGUGUUGAUGUAAAUGAAUGCAUCGAGAAUUCCAAUAUUUGUCCACAAGGAUGUGUAAAUACACCAGGAAGCUAUGAAUGCACUUGUUGGAAAGGUUUCAGAUGGAACAAAAGACGCAAAAAAUGUCAAGAAAUUAACGAAUGCAGUAUCGGUAAUGGAGGAUGUCAUCAUAUCUGCCGAAAUGUGUUUGGAGGGCAUGUUUGCUUGUGUCGAGAUGGGUUUAAGUUAGGAGAUGAUCGACGCUCUUGUAUAGAUAUUAAUGAAUGCAAGUGGGAAACACGUUGUGAUCCUCGGAGAAGUCUGUGCAUCAAUACACCAGGUAGCUACUACUGUAAAUGCAAGGCUGGGUUCAAAUUCAUUGAAUCGCAUGGCAUCUGCCUAGACCGAGAUGAAUGCACAGAAAGGACGGCUUUAUGCAGCCAAAAAUGCUUCAAUGCGUAUGGCUCGUACAAAUGUGGGUGUGACACUGGCUAUCGACUUGACAAUGAUUUGAAAACCUGCGUAGAUAUUGACGAAUGCCAGGAGAAUAGAUGCGAGCAGGUAUGUGUGAAUACCCCUGGCUCAUUCAAGUGCUUUUGCAAUCAAGGAUACACAUUGGAUGUCGAUGAAAAGUCCUGCAUUCCAAAUCUCUGUGAGAGGAUCCAACCCUUGUUCUUCGGCACUAUCAACUGCGAUGGAUAUACUGUUGGGAAAAAGUGCACAUUUUCGUGUAAUGAAGGAUUUCAUAUUGACCACGACAUCACAAGAGAAUGUAUGCCUAGUGGUCAAUGGUCAAUGCAACAGCCACACUGCAUUCCAAAUCCAUGUAGGCCACCAUUUCCUCCUCCGAAUGGUAAACUCACAUUGCCUUGUGACUUUAGCAUCAAUUCGACUUGUCCAGUGUCAUGCUUGGAAGGUUACGUACUAAGAGGCCCGGAUUUGAUCACAUGUCAAAUCAGCGGUGGAGGUGCUGAAUGGAACCUUGACAAUGUCAAGUGCGAGGAAAUCCUUGUUUGCAAGCCAAACCCAUGUCAGCAUGGUGGAAAAUGUAAGAUUGUUAGUCCGACAACCUACGCUUGUAAUUGUACCGGUACAGGGUACGAAGGGACUGAUUGUAACAUCGGAAUCAUAGAUAUAGAUGCUAUUCCGAAGCUGGAACUAAACCGACCUGCCUCAAUCGAAAUCCGAGCUAUGCCAGAGGAGAAAGUUACUAUUACAAUUCACGCUGAAGAUUCCACAAUAGAGGUUUCUCCCAAAGUUCUGACGUUGUCGAGCAGUUCAAAAUCCGCUCGACUGUCGGUAAAAGGUAGUCAAACUGGAUUGAAGUCAAUAUCGUACGAAAUAUCAAGCCAGGCUGUCUAUAAGAUACCAAAACCAUCUCUUGUCCUGGUCUAUGACCAAACAACUAUAGAGGAUAGUCGUGUCAGCAGCAUAUCCAGCCUGGUAACAGUUGCUUUCCUAUGCAAGUAUUGUAUAAAGACAGUACUAACUGCCCUAAUACAAAGCUGUACUCGACAUCAACCUGGUACAAAAGAAUUACUGGUCUUCCAUUCACUAACGGUAUAGGACUUCUGAAGGUGGGCUCUGCUUCUUUCCCAUUGUCCCUACCUGCUUCGGACCAAAGCCAGGUAUUUCUCGAUGCUUUGAAGCAGCUGGAAUACCGUAUAUUGCCACAACGGUCACCGUGCCCUAGUAAGACUGUAAAUGAUGGUCAUUUG